AUGGAAGUAAACGCCACAUCUCACAGCUUCAUCACUUCCCAGCAGUUUCACGUCUACGACAUUGUAGUGAUUGUGGCUUAUUUCGUGCUCAAUGUGGCUGUAGGAAUCUGGUCCUCAUGUCGCGUAAGCAGGAACACGCUGAGUGGAUAUUUCCUGGCUGGGAGGAACAUGGCUUGGUGGCCGAUCGGUGCCUCACUCUUUGCCAGCAGUGAAGGCUCAGGGCUGUUUAUUGGAUUGGCUGGCACAGGAGCUGCUGGGGGCAUCGCAGUAGCUGGUUUUGAAUGGAAUGCUACUUAUGUUCUCUUGGCUUUAGCCUGGAUCUUUGUACCAGUUUACAUUUCUUCAGGGAUUGUUACCAUGCCAGAGUAUCUACAGAGAAGAUUUGGAGGGGAAAGGAUCCAGAUGUACCUAUCUGCUCUCUCACUGCUGCUUUCUGUCUUCACCAAGAUUUCUACUGAUCUGUAUUCGGGGGCCCUGUUUGUGCAAGUGUGUUUGGGAUGGAACCUUUACCUGUCUACCGUUCUUAUGCUGGUCGUGACUGCCCUUUAUACCAUUGCAGGUGGACUGGCUGCUGUGAUUUACACUGAUGCGUUACAGACAGUUGUUAUGAUUGUGGGAGCAAUAAUCUUGACAGUUACAGCAUUUAACGAGAUUGGGGGCUACCAAAAUCUGGAAGCAGCUUACGCCAAAGCUAUACCAUCAAGAAUUGUUGCCAACACCACCUGCCAUUACCCCCGCCCUGAUGCCAUGCACUUAUUUAGGGAUCCAGUCUCUGGUGAUCUCCCCUGGACUGGAAUGACUUUCGGCCUAACUAUUCUUGCUGCAUGGUACUGGUGCACCGAUCAGGUCAUUGUACAGAGGACACUUUCCGCUAAGAAUCUCAGUCAUGCCAAGGCCGGCUCUAUCCUUGCCAGCUACCUAAAAAUGCUUCCAAUGAUCUUUAUCAUCAUGCCUGGGAUGAUUAGCAGAGUUCUCUAUCCAGAUGUGGUUGGGUGUGUAGUUCCGGAGGUUUGUGUUGAAGUUUGCGGAGCUGAAGUUGGAUGCUCCAAUAUUGCUUACCCCAAGCUGGUCAUCGAACUCAUGCCAAGUGGUCUACGUGGGCUGAUGAUUGCAGUCAUGAUGGCAGCGCUUAUGUCUUCGUUGACCUCCAUAUUUAACAGCAGUAGCACCCUCUUUACUAUGGAUAUCUGGAGGAAAAUUCGAAAUAAUGCAGACGAGAAAGAGCUACUGUUGGUGGGAAGGAUCGUGACCGUGGUUUUAGUGGCAAUCAGUGUGGUCUGGAUUCCCAUCCUGCAGAGUGCCAACAGCGGCCAGCUCUUUGUCUACAUACAGUCAGUCACCAGUUAUCUGGCACCGCCAGUCACUGCAGUCUUUGCCUUGGCAAUUUUCUGGAAACGAGCCAAUGAACAGGGAGCAUUCUGGGGUCUGAUGGUUGGGCUUGCUGUUGGCAUGGCUAGGAUGAUCAUGGAGUUUGUGUAUCCUUUCCCACGAUGCGGAAUUCCUGAUGAAAGACCAUCAAUACUAAAGGAUGUCCACUACCUACACUUUGCAAUCAUUUUAUGCAUUCUCACCAUCGGAGUCGUUGUGAUGAUUAGUCUACUGACAGACCCUCCUCCACAGUCACAGGUAAAAAAUCUCACAUGGUGGACCAUUCCCAAAGGAAGAACUCCUGACAUCAAACUACGGAAAAUUUCAACUAGAAGCCAUUCAACCCAAGCAGAAAACAAUGAUCCAGCCCAAAAUGGCACUCGCAGCCGAUCCUGGAGUAAUGCGUUCUGCAGUCAAACUGAAGCAGCAGUGAAUCCUCCCAAGCCUCGGAAUCCGAGGAGCAUACGUGAGGAUCCCUUUUGGGCACGAGUGUGCUGCGUCAAUGCAAUUAUUUUAAUUUGUGUCAACAUUUUCUGCUAUGCUUACUUUGCCUAAAGACUA